AUGCAGCGCGAUAUCACGGAUUUCCUGAAGCAAAACUUGUCUACCUUUGCUUGGUCGAUGACUGACAUGCAGGGAAUCGACCCGUCCAUCACGACUCACGAGUUAAACGUAGACCCAAAUAUCAAGCCCAUUCGACAGAAAAGACGAAAGUUGGGUCCCGAAAGAUCCAAAGCAGUUGUUGAGGAAGUCGAACGCUUAUUAAGCGCGGGCUCGAUAGCAGAAGUUCGUUACCCGGAAUGGCUCGCUAACCCGGUGGUGGUCAAGAAGAAAAACGGCAAGUGGCGCAUGUGCGUCGAUUUUACCGACCUCAACAAGGCUUGCCCAAAAGACAGCUACCCGCUUCCGAACAUCGACAGGCUUGUCGAAUCAACUGCCGGCAAUGAAAUGCUCACGUUUAUGGACGCUUUCUCGGGAUACAACCAGAUCAUGAUGCAUCCCGAUGAUCGAGAGAAGACGUCGUUCAUAACUGAUCGAGGAACUUACUGCUACAAAGUAAUGCCCUUCGGGCUGAAGAACGCCGGUGCGACGUACCAGCGACUUGUCAAUCGCAUGUUCGCUAAACAGCUCGGUACAACGAUGGAAGUCUACAUUGAUGACAUGCUCGUCAAAUCAGUCCGAGCAGACGACCACCUGGCACAUUUACGGGAGUGUUUCGACAUCCUAAAUGCGUACAAGAUGAAGCUAAACCCGGCCAAAUGCACCUUCGGCGUAUCGUCCGGAGAAUUCCUCGGCUACAUAGUGAUGCAGCGAGGAAUCGAAGCAAACCCAAAGCAAAUAUCAGCCGUCCUCGAUCUACCCAGUCCGAGAAAUUGCCGAGAAGUCCAGCGACUAACAGGUCGAAUCGCAGCACUUAAUCGUUUCAUCUCUCGGUCUACCGAUAAAUGUCUCCCCUUUUACGAUCUCCUCCGAGGAAACAAAAUAUUCAUUUGGGACGAUAAAUGUGAGGAGGCUUUUAAUCAGCUCAAACAUUACCUGACGACGCCCCCUAUCCUGGCAAAGCCAGACAUAGGCGACGUUUUAUCUCUCUACAUUGCGGUCUCAUCCGCCGCAGUCAGCAGCGUGCUAAUCAAGGAGGACCGAGGAGAACAACGACCCGUUUUCUACAUGAGCAGAAGGAUGACCGGACCAGAAACCCGGUACCCGACACUUGAAAAGAUGGCCCUGGCCGUCGUCGAAUCAGCGAGGAAACUCCGCCCAUAUUUUCAGUCACAUUCGGUAGAAGUCCUCACCGACCAGCCGCUCAGAACUGUCUUGCAAAACACGAGCAGAGCUGGCCGUCUUACCAAGUGGGCGAUCGAACUCGGAGAGCUCGACAUCACUUACAAGUGUAGAACUGCCGCUAAGGCCCAAGUCCUCGCCGAUUUUCUCGUGGAGUUAUCUCCGGAACUCGCUCAGGAUUUGGAAACUUCGGAUUCAACAUGGAUCCUGCAUGUCGACGGUUCCUCGACAAACAAAGGCUCUGGAGCAGGGGUUCAGCUUCAAUCCCCAUCGGGAGAACUCAUUCGACAGUCGUUCAGUUUCGGUUUCCCAGCAUCAAACAACGAAGCGGAGUAUGAGUCACUCAUCGCCGGUCUUCGCCUCGCCAAAGCAGUCAAGGCUAAGCGGCUCAGUGCAUACUGCGACUCACAGCUCGUCGCCAGUCAGUUCAGCGGUGAUUACGAUGCGCGCAACGAUAGAAUGGACGCUUACCUCCGAGUCGUACAAGCAUUAGCUAAAGAGUUCGAAUUCUUCGAGCUCACAAAGGUUCCCCGCGGAGAAAAUGUCUGUGCAGAUGCGUUAGCAGCACUCGGAAGCAAGCUACGCGAUCAAGUCAAAAGGACUAUUCCAAUCCACCGAAUCGAGAAACCAAGUAUCGACAUCUCAACGGAAUCAGCUAACUUCGUCACCACAGAAUCCGAAACAACGUCCUUAUCUGAGACCAACGACGACUCCGAGAUGACAGACCAAGAUCAGCUGAUACCAGACUGGAGGACUGAAUUCAUCCAAUAUCUCACCGUGGGCACGCUUCCAACUGAUAAAUGGGCCGCAAGACGAUUAAAGAGACGCAGCGCGCACUACGUCGUCAUGGAAGAAGAACUUCACCGGGUAACAGCUAACAAGGUCCUCCUCAAAUGCAUUUUUGCCGAGCAAACGCAGUUAGUAAUGGCAGAAACUCACGAAGGAGCAGGUGGAAACCACUCUGGAGGUCGGUCACUAGCCCUGAAAAUUCGGAACUUAGGAUUUUUCUGGCCAACUAUGAAUACCGACUGCGAAGCAUAUGCCCGGCGAUGCGACAAAUGCCAACGACACGCUCCGAGUAUCCAUAGCCCAACCGAGCUACUACGAACUUCCGCAGCCCCUUACCCAUUUAUGCGAUGGGGGAUGGAUAUCAUCGGACCAAUGCCGAAUUCUCGCCAACGUCGCUUCGUGCUGGUAUUGACCGACUACUUCACCAAAUGGAUCGAAGCAGAAGCCUUCGCGCAGGUUACAGAAAAGGAAGUUCGCGGUUUUGUCUGGAAGAACAUCAUCUGUCGCCAUCGCCUACCGUACGAGAUCGUGACUGAUAACGGAUCACAGUUUAUGGCCGGAAAUUUUAAAGAUUUCUGCAACAAGUGGAACAUCCGACUAAGCCCUUCGACGCCGAGAUAUCCUCAAGGAAACGGACAAGCAGAAUCCUCGAACAAGAUCAUCAUCGACGGAAUCAAGAAGCGCCUUGAUCUCAAAAAGGGACAUUGGGCCGACGAACUCGACGGCGUGCUUUGGUCGCACCGGACAACCCCCCGAGGAGCAACAAAAUCUACCCCCUUCUCACUCGCUUACGGGAUGGAGGCGAUGGCUCCGGCCGAGGUCAAUGUAACAAGUCUCCGCCGGUCCAAGAUGCCUCAGCACGUUGAGCUUAACCAAGAGAUGUUACUAGAUGCCCUCGAUGGGAUAGAGGAGAAGCGCGACCAAGCCUUGCUUCGGAUCCAGAAUUACCAAAACCAAAUCGAGAGCUACUACAACAAGAAGGUCCGCUCGCGUCCCCUCGAGCUCGGCGAUCUGGUUAUGCGAAAAGUCUUCGAGAACACCAAAGAACCCAACGCUGGAAAACUCGGUGCGAAUUGGGAAGGACCGUAUAAGAUCACUCGAGUCGUCAAACCAGGAGUAUACCGACUCGAGACUUCCCGCGGAGAAGCAGUCCCACGAGCUUGGAACUCCAUGCAUCUUCGUCGUUUUUACUCGUAA